AUGUUGUCCUUAGUCUUUCCGACCAGUGAUGUCGACUGGGACCGGAGCGUCGUCGCUCGGAUGAUCGCCAAUGCUGCUAUGGGGUUGAAGAAUAACCAUUCCUCUAAGCGUAAUCUGCAAGUCUCGAACGUCAGCCCGCCGGACUUCACAACCGACGAGAUCUUGAGAGAUUUGUCCAAGGCACAACAUCUCAGCGACUUUAUCGCUCUGGCUAUAGGCCUCUUCUACUAUCGCUAUCUCUUCAAGCAGGCAGAGAAUGAUGCAUAUAUGCACUUCUUGCACAUAUGUACAUCAGGAGAUUUCGAGAAGCUCCAACCAAUGGUGGAUGCCGUUGCUGAGCCCCGAAAGACUACGUUCGCGGAGAGUUGCAAGAAUGCUCUGCGCGGUCGAAGGGCUGUUGCUACUGAUCGAUGGUUUGGGCUGGCUUCGGCUUGCGUUCAGGCAGAUCUGGAUGAUGUUUGGCUAUUGCGUGGCGCAAAGGUACCUUUCUUGCUUCGCCCUGUAGGGUCUGCCACAGCUGUGAGCCAAAUUGGCGGCACCCAUAAGCUCUGCGGCGAGCUCUACGGUGGGUUGGGGUUGAUGCAUGGAGAGAUGAGUGGUCUCGUAGAGAAGGAGGGCGUAGAGAUCGUGCUCGUCUAGAUAACAUAUUUACCUUCC